CUGAACAAAAGGAAAAUGAGGAGACUACAGUCCACCCUUCUGGUCUUUUUGCUGUGCUGCUGCCUCUCUGGAAGCCAAGCCAACCGGGUCUAUGUUCACCCUUUUUAUCUGUUUGCUGGAGAGAAUGUCAGCUGCGAGACCAUCCAAAGCCAGAGUGUAAGGCCUCUGGAAACAACCCCUGUGGCCCUGCUUGAUAUGGAGGUCUUGACACCGGACAGCAGAGAUGGGUCGAAAGUGGAUGCUCAGAAGCAGAACAUGACAGAGAGGGCGGCCGUCCUGACAAAGCUGAUGGGCUCCUUGGGCCUGAGGAUGUACAAGGAUCUCAGCAAAGGGCAGAACAGCAGCAACAUCCUCCUAUCUCCAGUCAGUACUUAUGGCUCACUUGUCAACCUCUACCUCGGAGCUUCCAAGAAGUCAGCAGGCUCAUUCCAGUUUUUCCUGGGUCUGAGUAGUGGAACUGACGGAGAGGACUGUGUGUACCUGGUGGACGGACAUAAGGUUCUCAGCACCCUGCAGGCUGUUAACUCUCUGGUUGAUGAUGGACCUAAAGAUGACAUCACUACCCAGGUCUGGGUGUUCGCUCGCCAGGGCGCCGUCCUAUCUGGGGACUUCACUCAAGGCACAAAGGACUUCUCAGACGCAUCGUUUAUCCGAGGCGUGGACUUCUCCACACCUCAGGCGGCAGAGACGCUGGUGAACAGCUUUAUGGAGAAGACCUCAGAUGGAAAGGUCAAGAACAUCUUUAAAGAUCUGAACGCAAGCAGCGAUCUCCUCUUCGUCUCCUCCUUCAGCUUCCAAGGAAACUGGAUGACAGGCUUCCAGCCAGAGAGGACCUCCCUGCAGGAGUUCCAUGUGGAUGAAACAACAACAGUAAAGGCCCCGUUCAUGACACACACAGGCGUCUUCCAUUACCUGAACGACAAGGUGAGGAGGUGCACAGUUGUGAAGCUGUCUCUGAGCAAACGCUCUUACAUGUUGCUGGUCCUGCCUCAUGAGGGCGUCAGCCUCACCGACAUCGAGUCGAAACUGCAGUUAGAUGUGAUGUCAAGCUGGCACCAAAACCGCCAAGUGGGACUGUUGGAGCUGUCUUUCCCCAAGUUCUCCAUGUCAACUGAGACUGACCUGCGUGAUCUGCUGACAUACAUGAACCCUGUGAUUGAGGCUGAGCUGUUGGGCUUUAAGGCCGAUUUCAGCCGGCUCAGCAACACUAAACCCUUCACCGUAAACAAGGUCAUCAACAGGGUGUCGUUUGAGAUGUCUGAGGGAGGAGCAGAACCUCAGGACAAGGCUCAGGAAGCAGGAGUCCCUCUUAAGUUAUCCAUCAACAGGCCGUUCUUCUUCGCGGUCAUAGAAGGAUAUUAUAACUCCAUCCUCAUGCUGGGAAAGAUGGUCAACCCCACACUUUGA